GGCUCAUUUACAUAUCACUGGGAAUAUAACCUAGGGCAGAGAUGGGACCAGCAGAUACACGCUCUUGCUCCUACAGACAAGACCCACCCACUGGGACUGCUUUAAAUGAUUACACCUUUGGAAGGAGUCAGAGUUCUUUAUUCUUUCCAAUAAGCGGGGGUGUCACAGCAACUUUGUUGGAGGAACUUUACAACUAAGAGAGAGACAAGAUGUUACUUCUUUUAAAAGCUAUACCACUGCUGCUUUUGGGUCUGAUGGCUUCACAGUCACUCUGCGAAACUGUUCAAUACUUCAUAGAUGAAGAAGAACCCUCUGGCACUGUUAUUGGAGUUUUGUCACACCAUUCAAUAUUUAACACCACAGACAUUCCUGCCUACAACUUCCGUCUGAUGAAGCAGUUCAACAGUUCCCUUAUUCAUAUCCGGGACAGCGAUGGGCAGCUGAGCGUCGGUGAAAGGGUAGACCGAGAGCAGAUCUGCAGGCAGUCUCUUCAUUGUACUCUGGCUUUGGAUGUGGUCAGUUUUUCCAAAGGACAAUUCAAACUGAUAAAUGUGAAAGUAGAGGUAAGAGACAUUAAUGACCACAGACCUCACUUUCCCAAUGAUGUAAUACAUGUGGAGGUGUCUGAGAGCACCCCUGUGGGCACCAGGAUACCUAUAGAAAUUGCUGUAGAUGAAGAUGUUGGCUCCAAUGCCAUCCAGAGCUUCAAAAUCACAAACAACAGUCAUUUCAGUAUUGAAGUGCAAACCAAAGCAGAUGGGGUUAAAUAUGCAGAUUUGGUCUUAAUGAAAGAGCUUGACAGGGAAAGUCAAUCAACCUAUACAUUUGAAAUAAUGGCUAUGGAUGGGGGAGAACCAGCUCUGUCUGGCACUGCAGUGGUUAACGUGCGAGUCCUGGACUUCAAUGAUAACAGCCCUGUAUUUGAGAGAGGCACUGUCUCUGUGGACCUUAUAGAGGAUGCCCCAGUCGGAUAUCUCUUACUGGACUUAAACGCUGCCGAUGCUGAUGAAGGUGUGAAUGGAGAGGUGGUCUAUAAUUUCAGCCCUUUGGUAUCUCAAGAGGUACGUCGCCUAUUUAAAAUCAACUCCAGAACUGGUGGUGUUACCUUGGAAGACCAGGUUGACUUUGAGACCAAGCAGAUUUAUGAGUUUGAAGUCCAGGCCCAUGAUUUAGGCGCAAACCCACUUAGUGCUAGCUGCAAAGUAAUUGUGCAUGUAAUAGAUGUAAAUGAUAAUGCUCCAGUCAUCACCAUUACCCCACUUACUUCCAUAAGUGAAGAAUUUGCCUACAUUGCAGAGUCCGCUGCCAAGGAGACUAUUGUAGCUCUAAUCAGUACUACAGACAGAGACUCUGGCCCAAAUGGACAAGUUCAUUGCACUCUCCAUGGGCAUGAGCACUUUAUGCUGAAACAAGUAUAUGAGGAUAGUUUUAUGGUAGUUACCACUACUACUCUAGACAGGGAAAAGAUAGCAGAAUAUACCCUAACAAUAGUGGCUGAAGACCUAGGCUUCCCUUCACUAAGCACCAAAAAAUACUACACAGUCAAGGUGAUUGAUGAAAAUGACAAUGCUCCUGUAUUUUCGAAGCCAGAUUAUGAAGUGUCUGUUCUUGAAAAUAAUUCUCCAGGUUCUUAUAUUGCUACAGUCAUAGCCAGGGACCCAGACACUGACCAUAACGGUAAAGUAACUUACAGACUUGUGGAAGCAAAAGUAAUGGGCCAAUCACUUUCUACAUUUGUUGCUCUUGAUGCCGAUUCUGGGGUGCUGCGUGCUGUAAGGUCUCUGGACUAUGAAAGAAUAAAACAAAUAGAUUUUGAGAUAGAGGCAACAGACAAUGGAGUUCCUAAACUCUCAAAUCGUGCUCAAAUUAAACUCAAAAUAGUUGAUCAGAAUGAUAAUGCUCCUUUCAUAACAUAUCCACUGCUGAAUAAUGGGUCAGCGGAGGUCCUGCUGCCAAUCAGUGCCCCUCAGCAUUAUUUAGUUUUUCAACUCAAAGCUAUAGAUGCAGAUGAAGGGCAGAAUGCACAGCUCUCCUAUACGGUAAUGAGGGAUACACAAAGACUAUUUGCUAUUAACAGAGAAAAUGGAGAAGUAUCCUUAAGAAAACAAGUGAACCCAGACCAGAUCAAGGACCUGAGCAUUGUAGUCGGAGUUUUUGAUUCAGGAAGACCUUCCUUGUCCACCAAUGCUACAAUAAGGUUCAUCCUCACAGACUCUAUGCCUUCCAGCGUUGAGGUGGUCAUUUUGCAACCAUCGUCUGAAGAUCAACACCAGAUAGAUCUGUCCAUUAUCUUCAUUGCAGUUUUGGCUGGAGGUUGUGCAUUGCUGCUUGUGGCCAUCCUGUUUGUUGCAUGUACUUGUAAAAGGAAAAGCAAUGGAUUUAAGCAGGUACCUGAGAAACAAGGGGGAUACAGUAGUGACCAUCUACUGAAGAACCACCCUCCUGAAAUGGGAUCAUCCAACGCCUCUGUGUCUCAGUCCAAGUCAUGCCAGAUCCCAAUCAAUGCUGAAUCUGAAGACUGCAGUAUGUCCUCUAACUCAGAACAAUGUGGAGACCAGCAAACAGAUCCAAAGCACCCGGAGUCUGUCCCAUCUUAUAAGACAUCUGGUUGGCAGCAGGACAGCUGUUCAGGAAGCAUAAGUGGGAAUUCUCAUGUGGAACAGUACAGCACAAAGGACAGUGGCAAAGGAGACAGUGACUUCAAUGAUAGUGACUCAGAUACCAGUGGAGAAGGGCAGAAAAAGAGCAGUGAGCAGCCAAUACAGACUGGUACUCUAUAUACACAGGAAGUGAUGUCAUACCACCAUGUAGAUAACCAUUUUGGUCACAGAAGAAUCAGUGGUAAUCAGUGUCCCAACUACACACUGCAAAAGGGUUACACAGUGUCUUAUUCAGUAGCUCCUGCUCAUUACAAUACCUACCAUACAAGACAACCUAACCUGUUGCACCUCCCUCACCACAGAGACCCAUAUUACCAUGUCAGCCAACCUAACAGAAUGCAGUCAGAUUAUGAAAGAAAUAUAGCAGCUAGAAUUGGAACAUUAUCUCCACAAAGAUUGUCUAGAAUAAGGCACCAAGAAUCCUAUCAGAACCCACAGGUUCCUCUACAGCACUACCCCACAGAAAUAGCUACAGCCUUUUAAGAAUGAGACGUGUCUGUUAUUAAUCAAAGAAAAGGUAGAAUCAGCUUAGUAUUUAAAAAUUGACUGCCCAUAUUUAUGGCUGAUACAUAGGAUUCACACGUAUCACAUGGUGUUAUCUUAUUUGAAUCCAUGCUAGAUGCUGUUUUGUCUGUAUAAACUUAAAUUAAGACAAUGCCACUUUUAUCCUAUGUGGCUGUUAGCAUGGAGAUUGUAGAUGUCCUACUUUGUGAGUGACAAGCCUUUUUGUAGGUCUUCUAAACUUAUUUCUGUCUGACCUGAGAUAGGGCCCAUUGGACAUAAAAAUGUGUUAAAAUGAUAGAUGUAAUAUUAUUACACUGAAUAACCCUUGUUUGAUCUCUCCAAUCUGUGGCCUUCUAGCAUACCAACAACAGCGGAAUGUUGCAUGCUGGCUAUACCUAAAUUACUUUGGUUUUUUUCUUUCUCAAUUUGAGGCCCUGACUUUCCUUUUCUGACCCAGAUCCCUCUUCUUUAACUUUAUCCUGGCCUCAAGAAAAAAACAUCAAUUGGGCCACUAGCUGUGUUCAUUUCCCAAUAUGUUUUUAUUUUCUCUAUCAACAAGGCCUCAGGCUGGCUAUGCAUGGGCUGAUAAAAGCUUACUUUUUGGAAACUUAUCACUUGGGGCUGUCUCCCGAAUCAAUAUCUGCAGUAUAAUCUAAGGCCCAACAAUCUGAACUGCCUUGUUUUGCCCAGUGCACACUGGGAUAUGCUUGUUUAGGCACCUAGCCACACAAGUGGUCUUCACAUGUAUUGCCAGCUUAGGCGUAUGUACACAUACUGGGAAACAUGGAUUUUUGUUGCACUGACCAUUGUUCAUGCUGUAUAUUGUGUAUAUAAUAAGAUACUGUGCAUGUAUAUUUUGUGUCUAAAUGUUUGUAUAUAUUUUAUUUUCAAUAAAUAUUUAUAUGAAAAUAUACAAAA